AUGUUCCUCCCCUUACAUCUCUUCCUCAUACCACCAUAUCGUGCCGUAUCUGCUUUCCAAAGCUCUCACACUCCCAUUGGGGUCACCGCCAGUGUCACCGCCAGUGUCUUCGCCGCGAAAUCGAACACUCUCCUCCCUGUCGAAAUCACACCCCAUAUCGCUUCUCUCAUCGCUGCCACGUACGUCGCCGGGUCGGUCGCCUAUUUCGCCCGGGACGUCUACACUCCGACGUUCUUGCAAGACAUCCUCUACCGCCGUUCUGCCCUAGGCGAUAUCAUCGACGUCGACCUGCUCCUGCCCCACCCGGAAGUCUUCGUCCACGACGCCAAGGUCUACGGUCCUGCAUGCAUGCGCGUUUCCCAGCUCGCCGCCUUCGAAAUCGAGCGUGCCAUCCACGACGCCCGCACUGUAUGCGCCUCUAACGAUGGCCCUGGCAAGGAACUCGCCAUCGUGAUUCAAGGCGAGGGUGUCUGCUCGCCAGAGGACGCUCCUCCCGUUGUUGACAGCAAUUUCUAUGGGCCGGCUUGCAUAAGGCCCUCUCAACUAGCCGCCUUCGUGGAAGAGAAGAUCAUGUGCGCCUCAAACGGUGGGCGUCGAAGGAGUCCCCGACUGGCAGAGAUUGCUGCUCGAGGCGGUUCAGCGGAUCCCUCGUCGUCCCAAGGCGGUGACGACGGACCUGACGACGAGCCAGGAAAUGGUUCAGGAGGCAACAACGCCUCCGGUGGCGACUCGCGCCAGCCCACACGUACUGUUGCCAGCAGUGAUGGCAGCAAGAAACCCCCAAGCAAGAAGAAGCCCACAUCAAAGCGUGUGCGCAACAACGACUCUCCCCCACCGCCACCGCCUCCGUCACCUCCUUCUGUGGAAGCGCCCGAGCCCGCCAACAACGGCAAUAACAUGGGCUGGACUUGCUCGCUCCUCUACUUCAUCCUUGGCGCCCUUCUCACUGCCGUAGUCAAGUCUUCCGAGGCCGAGCGACUUUCUGCUUCUAUUUGCACUUGGGUGAGCAAGCGAUCUCGACGUCAAGAGAGAACCAUCAUCAUGUCUCGCAACACCGUACUCGCCGGUCUCGCGCUCGUGGCUCUUUGUAUUGCGGUCAGCUAUAUCGACCCCUCUGGACGUUUAUUGCCAUCUGUGGCGAAGAGCCCGAUGCCUCCACCCACCACCUGGAUCGUCGACCCUCAGCCUCGGGUCACCGAACCUCCUAUGCGUCUCGUCAUCGACAAGAACCAUUAUACCAUGGACUAUCGCUCGAUGGCUACCGCCACUGCCACUGCCCAGGCAACAAGCCUUCCUUCGCCUGCUGGUGACUCUCUUUUCGACAUGGAGAUCGUCGCUUGGGUCCUUCUUGCGAUGGCCAUGCCCAUCUUUCUGUUCAUCGUCUUCCAUGUCAUUUCGUUCAUCGGCCGCGUCUCGAUCAAAUUGAUCAAGUGCUUAUUUGCUCGACGCGCUGAGCCUACAAAGUCGGCCAUUAUGCCUACCUCUUCUCUAAAGCUUGUGCCCAUCUACAUCUCUCAGGGACUCGUGUUCAACCCCGAAAAAUACGAUCCUGAAGACCCCUUGUCUUGCCUCAGCAACGAGACGCUCUUCGUCGAUGUCCGAACCGAAUUCUCUGUCGGUACGGACUCCGCGAGCGGCUCUGACUCUUGA